GCCGUUUGCCCCACCCCAUCCCUCCAACGCCGUCUUUUUCAAUGUACAAUUCCCGAAGAAAAGGGGCGAAAGACGCGAAAUGGCCAAAAGAGACGCGUUUGUUCUCCAAUAUCCCUACGCCGUCUGCAAUUGAAACGAUCGCAGUCAGCCUGGAGUUUGUUCCGUGAUCCGCCAUAUAUUCAUAAGCCUACAUGCACUUGAAUAUCUGCCAUUCGAAUUCAAAAUGAAUAUAGAGCUGAGACUGACAGCAGGCUCUACCUGCAAGAAGCAGGAAAACACCGAGGGCUGCUCGUAAAUACCUUUUCCCCGCAGAUCGAGGAAAUCAAAACCACGGGCGACACAAGGAACUGGCGUCCGCCUGCCGGGAGCUUCGCGAAUGCGAGGAGCGACACAGAAUACGGCGACAGACGGGAAAGAUAGCGGAGGGGCCUUUCGGGUUUUGACGAAAUCCAGCGAACAGCAACCAUCGCAGAAGAGGAGGACCAUAAGAGGGGGCAAAUCUAUCUUAAAUGCUUUCUUGGAGUAACAAUUAACAUCGGAGGCGUAGAUACGACAUCAUAUUUGUCAAUGUAGAAAAGUAUAGGCAGAUCUAGCGACUGUCAAAAUAAUUCCCUGGAGGUAAUUUUACUGUUGGUAAUUAUUUUCGUCCCCUUCUCUCGCUCGCUCUCUGCCCCCUCUCUCUCCAGUCUCUGUGGAGGAAGACGGUUCGGAAGGAAAUGAUCAGAAACAUACGCCGAUCCUACUGGAGCUGUUUAUUUUAGUCAGCCAGCUGCCUACAAAUAACCCCAGUGCGCCUUACGGGCGAUCGAAAGCUUCUCUACGGCGAUCGUCGGGUUUAUGUCGUGGUUCCGCGAUAUCCGAGCGGGAUCCUUUGCGAUCCUUUUUUUAAUGGCCAUGUUAGCCGAACUGUAAAGCAGAUACCAACCACAGAUCAAGUACACACAGCUUGCUUUAUCGUUGGUGCGCUUGAAGGAUAUGUAAUAAAAAAUAUACGAGUAACCGAGCCCAAAAAGGCAUCCCGGGUGUCGUCAUCAGCACCGUCCUAGCACCCUCUCUUACCGACCGAUUUGUUGGAAAUAAUGUGUAAAUCACAGUAAAAAAACAGUGUAUAAACAAAAAUCGCCGUCAAGUAUUUCGUAGGCCACCGUAUUCAACAGUCGAUAUGUUUGAGAAAUCGCCAUCAAGGUGUUAAUUCCGUGGACCAAGCGAAGACGAGGGAUUGUUUAUUUAUUUAUUCGUUGUUUAUUUAUUUUAUUAUUAUUUUCCCCAAAAUUUCCCCCUCCCCUGAACCAGUUUUUCUUUUGGGGAGGGGAAGAUGGGUUGUUUGGGCAAUAAGACCGAAGACCAGAGGAAUGAGGAGAAGGCGCAGAGAGAAGCUAACAAAAAGAUAGAAAAGCAGCUUCAGAAAGACAAGCAGAUAUACCGAGCUACGCACAGGUUAUUACUCCUCGGAGCUGGAGAGUCUGGGAAGAGCACCAUAGUGAAGCAGAUGCGGAUACUGCAUGUGAACGGCUUCAAUGCAGAAGAGAAGAAGCAGAAAAUUCAAGAUAUAAAAAACAACAUAAAAGAAGCUAUAGAGACUAUUGUGGCAGCCAUGCACACACUGGUACCACCAGUUCAACUCGCCUGUCCAGAGAACCAGUUCCGAAUCCAAUAUAUUCUCAACAUAGCCUGUCAAAAGGACUUUGAAUUUCCACCGGAGUUCUACGAACACGCCAAAUCGCUCUGGCAGGAUGAGGGGGUCAGGGCAUGCUUCGAGAGGUCCAACGAGUAUCAGCUCAUUGACUGCGCACAGUACUUUUUAGACAAGAUUGACAUUGUAAAGCAGAGCGACUAUACUCCCACAGAUCAGGACCUGCUGCGAUGUCGAGUGCUUACCUCUGGGAUUUUCGAGACGAGGUUCCAGGUGGACAAGGUUAAUUUCCAUAUGUUUGAUGUGGGGGGACAGAGAGAUGAACGACGCAAGUGGAUCCAGUGUUUCAAUGAUGUGACGGCCAUUAUUUUUGUUGUGGCCAGCAGUAGCUACAACAUGGUUAUCCGGGAGGACAAUCAGACCAACCGCUUACAGGAGGCUCUCAACCUGUUCAAGAAUAUCUGGAACAACAGGUGGCUACGGACCAUUUCUGUCAUACUGUUCCUCAACAAACAGGACCUGCUGGCUGAGAAGGUUUUGGCUGGGAAAUCCAAAAUCGACGAAUACUUCCCAGAAUUUGCGCGCUACACCAUACCUGAUGAUGCGACGCCGGAACCCGGAGAAGACCCACAGGUCACCAGAGCAAAGUACUUCAUUCGAGAUGAGUUUCUGAGGGUCAGCACGGCCAGCGGUGACGGGAGACAUUACUGCUACCCGCACUUCACCUGCGCCGUGGACACGGAGAACAUCCGCCGCGUCUUCAACGACUGCCGGGACAUCAUCCAGCGGAUGCACCUGCGGCAGUACGAGCUCUUGUGAUGGACAGAGGGGGACAGACACCAGAACCCCGCCCCUAGACUGACUCCGCCCUUCCGCCAAACCCCCGCCCCCUAUCCCCUGCUGUCCACACUGGUUUUGUGUUUCUGUGAAGACAUCUCUCUCCGUUUAAGGAAGAAUCAUGCCACGCAGGACUGACGACCCUCCGGGGGCAGUGUUGACCACAGGAAGAGGAGAGGCUGUUGAAUCUCCUUGCACUUUAGUUCUGCGCUCGGAAUAGUCCUCCAUCUGACACAGAUGAGCAGUGUGCCCACGCUCUCCAUCCCAGCCCUCAUGCGCUCGCCGCCUUUGCCGCCUCUAUCUUCCUUUUUGCCUUCAUUCCACACAGACGACGCCAACUCCCCAUUUUGUCCCCCUUGUCACUCAGUGACUGGCAUCCCCCGCGUUAGCUCCUAGCGCGCGUUGGGCACACUCGAUCUGUAAGGCCACGGUCCCAGGGGAGCCCGGUGACUGCAGCUCCUGCAGACCUUCCAGAGGAGCCAGGCCAACGUGCCGCUUCGGUUACGGAUGCCCAAGGCCGGUCUGCUGCCCGACGCAAGGAAGGAGGACAUCAAACCAAUAAAAGAAGCAGUAGAUUGUAAAGCACAGUUUGCCUCAGGAUGGCCGUGUGGGUGUGGAAGUGCAUGUCGUACGAACACGUGACCUCUCAUUGACCUUUCCAAGAGUUGCCAUCUUUAAUUUGCCGUAUAAUGCAGAGUGGGCCGAAAGCGGGUGCAAAAUAUCACGUGGAGAACACUCGUGUGUGUGUGUGUGUGUGUGUGUGUGUGUGUGUGUGUGUGUGUGUGUGUGUGUGUGUGUGUGUGUGUGUGUGUGUGUGUGUGUGUGUGUGUGUGUGUGUGUGUGUGUGUGUGUGUGUGUGUGUGUGUGUGUUCGUUCACAGGUGUGCAUACAGACGCACACACAUGGAAGCCGUGACACCGAUGGACUCUCUUCAUCUCCCCAGUUGUGUGCUCGUAUUGAAUGUCUGUGUGACGCUGUUGUGUUCUUCAUCCAUCAUUCCUGGCCCUUGGCCCUUGUAUUUUUAUGUUUUGAGGGAAGCUUCAUUAACAAAUAAAGGUAAUAAUGAAAUACAGAAGAGGAGAGCCACAAAAGGACUUUAAAACUUUAUAUAUAGAAACCCAUUGCCAAUCACCGCCCUUCUCCUGUUGACCUAGCCAGGCUUUAUUAUUAUUAUUAUUAUUAUAUAUAUAUAUAUAUAUAUUUUUUUUUUUACUGCUGGACUACUGCUCUUGUACAGACUAAAAUGUAUUAUUUUGUACAACUUUAUUGAAACAAAAAAAAUACUUGUAGAAGAUCCCUGUGCCUUGAUCACAAUUGUAUGUAUAUAAUGAGCUAAGAUGUAAGGAAUGUUUCACUGCGCUGUACAGCCUGCCCCCCGCCCCGCCACUAUGUUCUCCCCCUGUUCAGAGGGAGGUGGUGAUGUGUAUUUUGUGGGGCAGGAUGGAUGGGGGGUGCUGUUCAUAGUUUCCAAAAAAAAAAAAAAAAUCCCCAUUUUUUUUUUGCUUUUUUGGUUUAUAUAUAUAUUUAUAUAUGUAUAUAUAUAUCGUGUGUGUGUGUGAGUGAGAGAGAGUGAGGAUGUGUGUUUGUCUGCAGGGUUCAUGCAGGUCCUCAAAGUCUUUGGAAGUCUUUGAAAUAUGGGACAAUGAAAUAGGGGCCGCCCACCUGGGGCCCUGAGGAGGGCCACACUAUGUCAUCCGGAGGGUCCUGUUACACCUUACUGUCCAUCUUCUGUUUACCAGAGUUUAUAGUGCUGGUCACACAUGUCGUAUUGACGCCGGCCGAAAGGUCGCCACGAGUCCGUCAUGGCGAUGCUGGCUGUCUUAUCUCCUGUUCCACAUGUAGGUGCUGGCGUGCAUGAUGGAGCUGGGGGGGGAGUUGCAGCCCCCUGGCGUAACAUGAACAGCCCACUGUCAUAGUUGGGUAACAUUAUGUUUUUCCAGCUUCUGUUGUUAGACGCCCAAAGUCAGUGUUAAUGAAUUAAGAUCUCCGUCAUCAGAACACCAGACCAUUAGACCACGGAAGCAGGAUGAGGCCGUGAAGUCUGACCUACACAGGUAGCAUAACCAACACGGCGUGAAUUUCACUUGGUACAGGCUCAUGUGGAUCCUCGGCUGAUACUGUGCGAAGCUGGCAGCACUUAAUGUUUUCUUCUGUUUCAUGCUGGCUUAAUGAAGGUAACUGCUCUAAUGGACACCUUAGUGAUGAUGCGGACCUCAUUACUGUGCUGCUCAAACCACCCUUUGAUAAAAUACACCCUGUGGUUGGAAUGUUGUUAUUUUUGGGAACCAUCCUCCAACCAAGAAAUGAAAAUGCUUAGUGGCAUGUAGUUACUAUGAUUACAUGCAGCCUUAACACAACUGUUGGUUCAGUAUCGUUCAGUCACAGUACCAAACUCUAGGACUUCUUUCAGCCCCUUUUUGGGUUGAUACUGGACGCCCCCAGCUCCUGCUCUAUACUCUGCACAGUUAAUCCACUGUUGUUUGCGUUGCAGUUUUGGAGUUUCCGUUUUAUAAUAAUUGUAAUGUUUCUGUCGGUCUGGUCCGUUGUCACUUGGAGACGCUUGGUUUCUCGUGACACCUUGCACCAACAGCUGCAGUUCUUUUAACUCGGAGCUAAUAAUGUCAUCUUUCUUAGCCAUUCUGCAUGCAUGUACAGGCCAACUGGAUUACUGAGAAGAAAUGUGAUUAUUGUGACUUCAUACUAUACCGUGAAUAUCUUAGAUUACAUGGGCUGUUUCUUGUCUGUUACCCAAAUAGUACUUUUCCAGUUUAUUUUUAUUUUCUUUAAAAAAAAAAAAAAAAAAAAAGCUUGGUUUUUAAAUGACAGAACAUUCGCCGUACGACGUAUUUGCCAUAAUUGAAAUGAUUCCAUGGUGAAGCCAUUUGGACAGAGGUUGGGGUGGUUUAAGUAUUGAUGACACAAGCUCUUGAAAAUGUCCUGGAAAGUGCUUGAAUUUCAUGUACCAAAGUCUGUAUGAACCCUGUAUGUUUGUAUAUAUGUUUACUUGCGGAUGUAUGUUUUAAUCCAUUUACAUUGUAUAUAUAUAAUGUACAUGGUUUAAAAGGUGUCUAUAUGUAUAGAUAUAGAGUGAUAACUUAAAUCCUUUCAGUAA